CGCGUUAUUGUUCCAUUGGUUUUGUUUUUUAUUUUUCAGCUUAUAAAGAAAAUCAUCAUAAACCAGAAAGAGAAAAAGAAAAAAAGAAUCGAUUUUGAAUGGAGCAAAGCAGCAAGAAGUUCAAAAGGGUAUGUGUCUUCUGCGGCAGCAACUCCGGCAACCGACAAGUUUUCAGUGACGCCGCCAUUGAAUUAGCCAAUGAACUGGUUAAAAGGAACAUAGACUUGGUGUAUGGUGGAGGAAGUGUUGGACUGAUGGGCUUAAUAUCUCAGAAAAUGUAUAAUGGUGGCUGCCAUGUUCUCGGGAUUAUUCCAAAAGCUCUCAUGCCUCAUGAGAUAUCUGGUGAAACAGUUGGUGAAGUAAGAAUUGUUUCAGAUAUGCAUGAGAGAAAAGCUGCAAUGGCUCAAGAAGCUGAUGCAUUUAUUGCACUCCCUGGAGGAUAUGGAACUAUGGAAGAGCUUCUGGAGAUGAUAACUUGGGCCCAACUUGGAAUUCAUAAAAAGCCGGUUGGCCUAUUGAAUGUUGAUGGUUACUAUAACUUUUUGCUUGCAUUAUUUGACAAUGGUGUUGAAGAAGGGUUCAUUAAGCCCGGUGCUCGGAAUAUAGUUGUCUCAGCUUCAUCAGCCAAAGAACUUAUGAUGGAGAUGGAGCACUACUCUCCUUCCCAUGAGCAUGUAGCCCCUCAUGAGAGCUGGCAGAUGAAGCAAUUAGGUAAUUAUCCAGGACAAGAAAAUGCAGAAUGAAAUUUCGAUUGGUUGGUGGAAGAUUUUUUUUUUUAAAUUUGUCUUCUGAUGUGAUUCUCCAUAACUUGAAAUGUAUACAAGAAUUGCUGUCGGUGGGGCCAAAUGUUGUUUGUUACUAUGUGUUGGAUUUUAUGAAGGGAUGGUAUAUGUGGUUUGCUGUUUUUGCUUCAUUUUAUUUAUUGGUCGAUCGAGACACUGUAAGACAGUCAAAUUCAGAUUGUUAACACAAUUCAAAGGGAAAAAUAUAUUCAAAUAAAAUGAGAUGACAAACAGUGAAUUCAGAAA